AUGGAAAGUUUUGUUGGGAAUGGAUCUCUGAAGGAACUUCUUCCAAAGCUGUUAGAUGAAGGCUGGGACGAUGUUCCAUCCUUGAAGAUUAUGAAUUCUGAGGAUAUGAAUGCAAUAGACAUGACUCAUCAACAAAAGGAUGCGCUAGAAAUCAGGUCUUACCUGCACGAUCGUGUACUGAUGCAAUAUGGGGACAAGCUAGAGGCCUCAGGGAAAGUUCUUCCAGAGCUUCUCAACUUAAGCAUGGCAGAUCUUUCUUCUCAGUAUGGUAUGAAAAGAGGCCACAUCGCCCGUUUCAUGGACAGAACUAAUGCGUGUGGAUCAGAACCUUUGCCAGAGUCAUAUGCUCUGCAAGUAAGGAAAAGAAACACAGCACGUUCAAGAAACAAUAGUAUUUACAAGGGUGAGUCCGUGUCAAUCAACUCCAAAAAGAUGCAGAGUAUGACGAGCUCAAAAAGAAGUGGAGCUACUGAUGCGUCCCUUGAACAAUCCCUUGCUAGUUUCAAGAUCAAAGAUGGACANAGGCCACAUCGCCCGUUUCAUGGACAGAACUAA